AUGGAAACACCUCAACCUCCACCCGACUUUGUCCUUCGUCCCCAUCACAUCGCUCUGUGCGCUAUCUUCGUACUUGCCUACAAAGAUUUUGAGUUCAAGGGCUUUCCGCCGCCCUUCCAGCUCCGUCUAUAUCGUCUGCUGCUCGAUGAAGUUUCUGAAGUAACCAAACCAAGAUCUGCCGCUUCACUACAAAAUCUGCUGACGGGUUGGCCUGAGAUUGACAAUCAAGAAGCACAAAGAAUGAUCAGCUCCUUUUGUUCAUUCAAAUUAGAGUCAGCAGACCAGUUAGUCAAUUUCUUUGCGGGCGUACCUCCAUUGUUCAUAGAGAAGAGCGACGAAGACGAACCUUCUAUCUUUACACCAAGGUCAAUCUUCGGGUAUUUCUGUCGGCGAUGUUUUGUCGGAUUCUUGAAGCUCUCCGUUCCUGGGGUCAUCAAACUUCGUGAAGAUUUCGCGUUGUGGUGGAGGGGAAAACCGAACGAGGGCUAUGAUCCCAUAGCGAGAGAUAAAUUGAACCAUAGUGGCCAACAGAUCUUUAAGACCAUCGAUGAUGCAGAACAUUGGGCUUCCGCCGAUUCUUAUGAGCAGUGGUUGAAAUCCUUAGCGACUGGGGAUGAAACUAUAUCCGUCGAGAGCAUCCGAAAUUUUUUCGAACAACACUUUCACGAUGGAAAUGACUCGGGUUUACGCCAACACGGAUUAUUGAAUCUCUGUCGCAUGCAUUUCAUCCGGGCUGAAUUUAGUGCUGCUCGAAAGCUUUUGUUGGAAGCCAUUAAUGUCUCUCGGACAUCUGGUGAUAAGCUGACAUUACAGCAGUGUAUGAGCCUUCUCCAUCGCUUUCCACCAGAAGAAGGUCAAGAAGAGCGACGACCUCCUUUGAAUGAGGUACAGCCUCACCUUCAUCCAUUGGAGAUUCUAUAUGAUGUUAAAAAGCUAAUGGACGAGAAACACGAACAGCCCUUGACAGCAUCUUUCAGUAAAAUAGUGCAGGCUAUAGGGGUCUACGACUAUUGGUUCGAGCAUCGAUUUAGCACGCUACGCGAUACCGACCAAUGGGCACAACAUGCAGUCCAGGCGGUGGUGUGGAAUGCAGCCGGUUGCGAGGAACUCGGAAGCAUUGAGUGUGACACUGUCAUCGCUUUUACACCCAAAGGAGGUGAUGACAACAACCGACUGACGUGUAUCCUCAAUCAAGCGUACAGGCGCGCUCGCCAGGGAUUCUAUGAAAAUGCUUUGGCUAUGCUCCUUGAACCCUGUGUAUGGAAAGGACUCGCAAUCUCUGACUAUGGACUAUGGGCUCAAGAAGUAUGGCACAUCCUCGCUUUGAGAGCCAGUAGGCGUGGCCAGCACCGACUAUCUCGCGAGUAUAUUUUACCGAGGCGCCCUCCCGGCGACUUCAAUCCCAGACACUAUUUGCACAAAGUCCCAUCCUCAACUAACAAUAAGAUUGCCGAUCCCCUCUACGAGGUCAUUCAAAUGAAGGAAUGUGACCAUGCCUCAGUUGCCAUUGAACCACUCCUGACUGCUUUGUGGCAUGCUGAGUUCCUCUUCCGUAUACAUUACUAUCGAACGGGGAUGAUUUUAUUGGCAGAUGUGGGCCUUGAAUUUGGGCUUUCACGACAAUGCAAACGAAUGGUGGAAAACAUUAUGCCUCAGGUCAUCACCGGAAAAGACGUCGAGCAACGCGCACUAGCCGCGUUCACCCUGGCACGCUGUACCUUGGCUUGCGAUGAUCGUACCGCUAAUUCCUUGCAAGAUGUUGUAUACUGGUUAGCUAUGGCGGAGAAGGAUUAUUUGACUCUUGAAAUGUACCGCUCGGCCACCGACGUGCAAUAUCUGCUGUCAGUGGUAUAUCACAACCUGGGUAUGGAGACAGAGCGAGAUGGGGCCGCUCAACGACACAUCGAAACCGAAAAAAAGCAGAAACAGGCCGAAGACGCGCCAAUGGACGAUAUAGUGGCUAUCUUGGAUGUGGUAUCGAGUGUCGGUGUCGCACUCUCUCUGUCUCGCUGA